AAAAGUUAUGUUUCAUUCAAACCGUAUAUUCAGUCAAUCCCUGCAAAAUGCUUACAAUAAUAAUCGCAUUGAAGAAAUGCUAUCAAAAAUCUAUCUAAAAUCGGCGAUAACUCAGCCGGAAUUGGCUACCGGUGCCGGCAAUUGUCUAACCUAUGGGCUAUGUUCGGUACAGGGCUGGCGCCGCUAUCAAGAGGACGCCCAUGUGGCCGCCCUGGACUUUGACGAUCAAUGGUCACUGUUUGCCGUAUUUGACGGUCACAAUGGUCCCGAAGUGGCUCUACUGGCCCGACAACGGUUGCCCCAAAUGCUUAGAGACAACAAAUGUUUUAUCGCCGGCGAAAUCGAUCGGUCACUCGAACAGGUAUUCAUGGCCUUCGAUGCCCUACUGUUGACCCGUACCGCCCAUAACCAGCUGUUUGAACUGAGACGGUCGGCGCUGGGCAACGAAAAUAUGUCGCCCAACGACAAACCGGGCGUAAGUAGCGGCUGUACAGCACUGGUAGUGCUGAUCAAUCGGGAAACCGAUACCGUAUACGUGGCCAACAUUGGCGAUUCCAGAUGUGUACUGUCGCGUAGCGGUAAAGUUACGCCAAUGUCGACCGAUCAUAAACCCGAGGAUCGACCGGAACGCAAGCGUAUAGAGCGGGCCGGCGGACACAUUAUCGACGGCCGUAUCAAUGGCGGUCUCAACCUAUCCCGUGCUUUCGGCGAUCAUCAAUACAAACGUAAUCGCCUGCUGCUGGCCGAAGAACAAAUGGUCACAUCGUGGCCAGAGAUCAAAGUCAAACAAUUCAAACCAAAAUCGGGCGACUUUCUGGUCAUUGCCUGCGACGGUAUCUGGAAUACACUAUCGACCAAUAAGGUGGCCAAAUUUGUCGACAAACGUCUGAAAUCGGGUCGCCACCAAUUAACCGAUAUAUGCCAACAAUUAACCUACCGAUGUAUGUCACCAGUGCUACCGAUUCACGGUAUUGGCGGCGAUAAUAUGACCUGUAUUAUUGUCAGAUUUGAUGGACAGCCAUCAUCAUCACCGUCACCAUCAGUAUCGUUAUCAUUGUCAUCAAUGGACAGGUAGAUGUAGUCUCAGUAGUAGAUUGGAGGUGUGGCAGUUAGUUUUUUUUAUGGCUACCCAUAACUGAUACCCAACUGUAUAUUUGUAACCUAACUGUACUGUAUAUUUAUUUUUUAUAGCUAACACACAAAACUCGUAAAAAAAACUAAUUU